AUGAUCAGGACAACAGCACUUCGCGCACAAUCAAUCUUUAGGACUGCCUUAUCUGCCAGCAGAACAAAUGCAGCAUCUUCCACCAGGUUGAUGUCCAGUCAUAGUACAGAAACUGAUGAUCAAUUUGAUGCCCGUUAUGAAAAUUUCUUCAACCGCAAAGACAUUGAUGGGUGGGAAAUCAGGAGAGGAGUUAAUGAGCUAUGGGGACAUGAUUUAGUACCUGAACCAAAGAUCCUCAUCGCCGCUCUAAGAGCCUGCCGCAGAGUAAACGAUUUUGCUCUAGCUGUGAGGAUUUUGGAAGCUAUCAAAGAUAAGUGUGGAAGCAAAGUUAACGAAAUCUACCCUUACAUUAUGCAAGAAAUCACACCAACUCUGAAAGAAUUGGGUGUGAGCACCCCAGAGGAACUUGGCUUUGACAAGCCAGAAUUGGCUCUUGAAUCAGUAUACAACCUGUAA